UGCACACCACCGCGUCACGUGACUCCAGUCUUCAGUCUGGAAUUGUUCAACCAGCUCCCAGGACAGACCUGCCACUGAGAGACGAGGCGGCCAUGGAGAACUACAAACCCUUUCUGGUCAUUUUGUCCUCCGCCGUAGUCGUGGGCAUUAUCUCCAUAAUAUUCGUGCUAAGAUGGGUUUUUUACUAUCAAGGGGGUCUGGCCUGGGACGGAGGACUGGCCGAAUUCAACUGGCAUCCGGUGUUGAACAUCUGCGGAUUUAUCGUGCUGCAGGGUCUGGCCAUCAUUGUGUACAGACUACCAUGGAGCUGGAAGUGCAGCAAAUUUACCAUGAAGUUUAUCCAUGCAAGCUUGAACUUGGUGGCCUUCGUCUUUGCUGUUGUGGCUACAGUGGCAGUUUUUGACUUUCACAACACUGACAAAAUCCCCAACAUGUACAGUCUGCACAGUUGGGUGGGCCUGACAGCUGUAAUACUGUACUCUCUUCAGCUUGUUUUAGGGGUUACCCUGUAUUUGAUGCCAUUUACACCUGUAUCCUGGAGAACGGCCUUUAUGCCCAUCCAUGUCUACAGUGGCCUGCUCCUCUUUGCCUCGGUUAUAGCAGUGGCACUCAUGGGCAUCACUGAGAAACUUAUUUUUAGCCUGAACAACCCAAAGUAUAAGAAUUUGCCCCCAGAGGCAAUCUUUGUGAACAUUCUGGGACUACUUCUGGUAGUUUUUGGAGUGCUAAUCGUUUGGAUUGCCACUCGGCAGUCUUGGAAACGGCCCACUGACCAGACCUUGCAUAGUUUGCAUUCCGAUGGGGGCGGUGAGGACGGCACAAACGUGGGUCCAGCCCUGUCUCAACUGUCAGAUGCAGCGGAGGGUGAAACCUUUGGGGAAUUCCGCAGGAGGAGUAAUAAAUUUGAUGAUCAGGUCAACUGACUUUCAAAAUAAAUAACUCAGAGUUGGAACUGUCUCUGGUUUAGAAUGAAUGUACACUCCUUUUCCACUGGUCAAUAAUGCUGUAUUUUUCUUCAUAUUUGUUUCAUAUUUUUGCUAUAUACAGUAGAUGCUGAAUGUGUGCCAUAUGUGCCAUUUUUCGGGGUCCUUAGCCAAACCGAUGUUGUUUUGCACAAUGCCCAUCCCAUAUACCUACUGGGGGCGUGCCUUUAGCGUCCUUCACGCGGACCCUUCCCUGUUUAACGUCCGCAUGCUGUCCUCAGUCACGGCCGCCUUUCCUCUAUAUAAGCAGCGUGUCGGCAGGAAAUGCUCCCAGUUAGUCAAGCGGAGUGCUCAUCAAAGUCACACAACAACAUUUACAGAUUUUGGAACUCUGCACACACAUAAGGCGCGCCGCAUUAUAAGGCGCCCCGUCCAUUUUGGAGAAAAUGUAAGACUUUUAAGUGCGCCUUAUGGUUGUGAAAAUACAAUAUGCUGUAUUUUUCUUCAUAUUUAAUCUUAUUAAAUAUAUAUAUUUAAUCUUAUCUCAUAUUUUUGCUAUACACAGUAGAUGCUGAAUGUGUCGCCCUAUGUCCUGAUUGUAUGUAAAUAGCCUCCUCUGUUUGAUAUGAACUGGAUUCACAUGUAUUAGUAAUCAUGACAAACUUUACUAAACUCCCUCGAUUCUCUAGUAUUGUUAUAUGUUUGAAUUAUUCGCAUACCAUUUUACAUAAUUUACAAAAAAAAAAAAACAGAUUCUAAUGUGAGUCUGUCAGUACUUGGGUAUUGAAUAUAAGUAGCAGUAUAUACAUACACAAGUGGUGGGCAAAGUAUUGUCCACGGCCCACGUGUGGCCCACUCUGUUAGAGCAUUUUUAUUAAAGUCCCUGUAAAGUGAAACUAAAUGUCUUGUAAAUUGACCACCACAGGGAAGAGUGUUGUUCAUAACCCUAGCAAAUUUGUAUUUAUUUAAAAGAAAUGGGCAAGUAUAUAAAA